AUGAAUCGACCGCCUCCGGAUUCUCCAAUCGAUAUUCGUGCACUUGUUCUCUAUGAUUUUCAUCAAAGGAGAGGAGCCAAAAAAUCCUAUAAUACUUAUGAGGAAAUGUGUGAUGCAAUGGGAAAAGGAGUGAUUGCAUUUAAAAACUAUAAGUAUUGGUUCAAACAAUAUUCCAAAGAGAAAGAUAGAGAUCUCCCGAUCCCAGACAUUCGUUUAUGCAUUCUCUCCGAUGUCAUCAAUGGAAAAUCAGCUGAAAAUUCAUUCGAUGAUUUGUGUAACGCGUUCAAAAAUCAUAAAAUCGAUAAGGAAGAUCAUGGCUACUGGUAUAAACAAUUUGAAAAUGGACAUCUAUUCACUCGUAAAACAUUCUCUGAUUUGCCGGAAGAUGUGAUAAUUGAAAUUGUUGGAAAAUGUGAUUUGCAGUCAUAUUGGAACCUUCGGAAUGUGUCGCACGGCCUUCAAAUCAUCGUUGAUCAGUCAAAACUUCCAAUUAGAAAUAUUAAAGUAGAGGGUAUAGACGGCCAAGUCUACGCCGUCCAACUAAACUGUGUACCAUCAAUGAAUUUUUAUCAAAAAAGUUUGGGAGAUUGCGAUUACAUGCAGGCGACAUUCAAAGUUUUGGAAGUCGCACUUAAUAACGCGAAACUUCGAUUGGAAACUCUCUACAUUGCUAAUUGGAAUUAUUGCAGGCGGCCUACUAAAAAAAGUGAAGGACUCAUCAACCUUUUCAACUCGUUGAAUCACAAAAUUCAUGUGAAAAAAUGUUUGAUUCAAUUGAAUCAUGAAGAAGGAAUUGAAUCCAUUUUGAAAUGUUUGAAACUUGGCGAUUUCGAAGAAUUGACAUUGGAAGAUGAUCAAGAUAAUGGAAAAUGGGCUUUGGAUAUUGGAACUAUCAUUACUUUAAAUCAAUGGAAGCAAGAAAAACAUGUGAAAAUCGAAAAGUUGAUUUUUACACCGAUUGAGCACUUCUUUCAUUUCACUUCUUUUCAUAUCCAUAUUCUGUCGCUGGAAAUCGAAGAUCUGAUCAAACUGACUGAACUGAAAAUGUCUGCAGCUCCAGCAAUGAGUAUCUACGAGUCACCAUUCGCUCAAUCUGACAAAACUGAUGCGAUUCUGGUUGUCGAGGGAAAGAAAUUGCAUGUCAGCAAAGCGGUUCUCUCAUUUCAUUCCGACUAUUUUGACAUUCUUUUUAACGGAGAUUUCAAGGAGAAGUCUAUGCAAGAAAUCUCGAUUGAAGACGUCACAUUUGAGGAUUUCGCCGCUGUCUUGAGUCUUAUCUACCCCAAACCAAUUAAGCCAACAAGUAGUUAUCACUGA